CAAGCCACUGUAUAAAGAUCUUCAGCGCUGCUAAAUGCUAAUCUAUCACACGAACAACCUUUCACUUUAGUCACACUUCAAUAUGUCUUUCCUCAAACAUUAUGAUCACCUAAAAAUUCAAAUGAAAGAUAUAUUAUCAGCCACCGACAACUUCGAUUCCACAAAGGUGAUCGGGAGUGGUGGGUUUGGACGGGUUUACAAAGGAGAACUAUCUCUUCCAGAGGGACCAAUUGUGGUCGCUUUUAAGAAAUUAGACCGUAGACUGGGUCAAGGGAAUAUUGAGUUUUGGAAGGAGGUAAUGAUGCUUUCAAAAUACAAACAUGAAAAUUUGGUAUCUCUCAUGUACUAUUGCAUUGAGGGUGAUGAGAUGAUCCUGGGGUACGAGUAUGCUUCUUGUGGAAGCCUGGAUCGUUAUCUGAGUGAUACAAAUCUCACAUGGAUCCGUCGGUUAAAGAUAAGCGUUGAGGCUGCACGUGGCCUAAAUUACCUACAUGAUCCGCGGGGGGCACAAGAAAGAGUUAUUCAUCGAGAUAUUAAAAGUGGAAACAUCCUUCUUGAUGAAAAUUGGAUAGCGAAAGUUUCUGAUUUUGGCCUAUCAAAAGUCGGCCCAGCUAACCAAGCGCAAACGGUUCUUGUUUCUCAUGCAGCUGGCACGCCCGGGUAUUGUGAUCCUGUGUACUUGGAGAUGGGUUUCCUAUCAAAAGAAUCUGAUGUGUACUCUUUUGGAGUCGUGUUGUUUGAAAUUUUGUGUGGGAGAUUGUGUUAUGAGUCUAACAAUGGUAAGCUAACUAAUAUUUUUGUUCCAAAGUGGAGACGGUGCUACGAAGAGAAGAUCUUAGAUGAGAUAAUCUUUCCUGGUCUAAAAGAACAAAUGGAUCCUGGUUCAUUGAAUGCCUUCUCAGCCAUUGCCUAUCAAUGUGUGAAGAAAGCUCGUGAAGAUAGACCAAUGAUGGCUCAGGUAGUGAAGGAACUUGAGUUUGCACUUCAACAACAAGACGUUUUUGAAGAUCUCAAAAAGAGAGUGGAUUUUGAAACUUUAAUAAAGACUGCAGAUGAUUGUAAAACACAUAAAGUAGGUCCGGUGAAGGUUCUUAAAAGAGUCCGAAAAAAGAGUAAUCGGAAAGUUGAACUUCGGUCGCUGAUUUCAAAACCGUUGGCCGAGGAAGAGACCAAGAUACCGGAAAACGAAGAACCAUCUAAAAUGGAUGAGAAAAAAGAUGAGUUGUUGACGGUGAUUACGGUGGUUUUUAAAGCACAUAUGCAUUGUGAAGCUUGCGCACAGAAAGUUAAAACACGGAUUCUCAGGAUAAAAGGGGUGGAAAGUGCUGAACCAGAUCUAAAGAGUUCCGAGAUGACAGUGAAAGGUACUUUCCUAGCAACAGAGAUGCUGAAUUACGUCCAAAUAUUAACAGGAAAAGAUGCCAUCAUUGUUAAGCAAGACCCCGACCCAGUAGAGGAAGACGAGAAAAAGGACGGCAAUAACAAUGAAAAGAAGGAAGAGAUAUUAGGUGACGAAGGUGAUGAUAAGCAAGACCCCUACCCAAAUAAAGAAGAGGACUACAAUGCUAAAGACGAGAAAAAUGAUGACAAUAACGGUGAAAAGAAGGAAGAGAUAUUACGUGACGAAGGUAGUGAUGAUGAUAAGCAAGACCCCGACGCAAGAAAGGAAGAGGACUACAACGCUAAAGACGAGAAAAACAGUGAAAAGAAUGAAGAGAAGUUGCAUGAUGAAGAUGGCGACAGGCAAGACCACGACCCAAAAAAGGAAGAGUACUACGAUGCUAAAGACGAGAAAAAGGAUGGCAAUAACGACAGUGAAAAGAAUGAAGAUAAAUUACAUGAUGAAGAUGGUGAUAAGGAAGAAGCAGUGGAUAAACGAGAAGAUAUUACUUCGGAAGCAUUCAAGAUGAACUAUUAUGAAUAUCGACCCGUUAAUUACCCUUAUGCAUAUCAACCAGCACCACAGAUAUUUAGUGAUGAAAACCCCAAUUCAUGCAUUAUUAUGUAAAUAAAAGUAGAAAAACUUAGGAUGGUUAGCUAGAUUGGUCUUUUACAUAGCUGUUUUAGCUUUUAUAAUUGUGUACAUGUUUUUGGACUUGAACGGACUUUAAAAGUCUGAUGAAAAAAAAAAAAAAAAACCCCUUUUGUGUCGACAA